AAACAUGAUGAUUGCCUGCGACCACUGCGACGAGUGGUACCAUACCUCCUGCGUGGGCAUGGCCGAGGCGGACGCACUGCUCAUCGACCUCUACGUCUGCGCCGCAUGCGAGGCCAAGGUGCCCGAGCGCACGACGUGGAAGCCCAAGUGUCUCAACGCAACGUGCGAGCAGGCCGCCAUGCCGCCGCUCUCGCGCUACUGCUCGCAGGCGUGCGGCAUCCUGACGGCCGCCGCACGCAUCGCCCGCAGCAAGGCUGGCGGCAAGAAUGGCUCGCGUGCCACGGCCGAGCGCCUGCUUGGCCGCAUCGCCAAGGCAGCACGGCGCACCGACGGCGUAUGCGUGUGGUCUGUGGAUGCGCAGGCCGCCGAGGAGUGGACGCGCCGCUUUCGCUCUACGAACGAUGCGGCGCCAGUGUUUGGCGGCGACAGCACGGCCGAGGAGGUUGGCUCGCAUCGUGCGCGUCUGCAAAGGCAACGAGCAGCGCUGGACACGCGGCUAGCGCGACUCGACACGCGCCUCGCUUUUCUGCGUCUGGCCGGCGAGCGCGUGGCCAAGCUGCCGCCGUUGGCGCUCGACGAGACCGUCGUGUCGCGCGCGCCCAAGAGCAAGAAGAAGAGCUCGAGCGCCGCGCAGGACGAGAGCACCAAGGCGGCGCCGCAGCGCUGUGGCUACGAUGAGCGACUGCAUUGGGACGACGACGUAUUUGCUCGCUGGGCCGCCUCGAGCGAUGCCCAGGCUAUGCUGCAGGGCAGCGCCGAACUCGACGGCCAUCUCGUAUCGCCAGGCGAUGACGCAGAGGACGAAGAUGCGGACGCAGUCGACGCACCAACCGUCUGUGGCGCGGCCAAGCGCAAGUGCCGCAAGCACGGCGACUGGCUGACGGUGCGCGAUGCCGACAUGCAAGUCGAGCGCGAGAUACUGGUGAGUCCGAGCUGUCUAGCCUUGCGACUUGUGCGCCACUCCUGACGCAAGCCGCAGUCCAACGAGCGCAGACUGCUCGAUGCACAACUCGACGCCGUCGAGCUCGAAGGCGCCGCCCUGCGUGAGCGCCAGGAGGCCGCACGCCUGGCGCAGCGAGCCGCCGACGCUGCGCGAGAUGCAGCACUGGCGACGGCAC